UUCAGAUGUGUGCUCAUGAAAACCUGUCGGACUGAGUGACUUGUGGACGCCACACAACCUCCAAGCCUGACCAGUAAGGUUGACUGAGUAAGGUACAAGUCCUACAGAAAGGGUCAGAGUUCCAGGGGGUACUCAAAAGAAGAAGAAGAAGAUAAAGAAGAAGAAGGAGAAGACACUCAUCAGCAUCACCAGUGACUGGCUGCGUAAAGAUGCAAGGCUUCUUCACCCAAAGGAAAGCCACAGCAGUGUGUGUUGUGCUACUGAUAGUGAUUCAGCAGGUGUGCACAGGUCCGGUGGUCUCACUGGGUCAGUCCUCAGACCCAGAGCCACAAGUACCGCACAGGGUCCACACACCGAGGAGGACAGCCCGAAUGACCCCACUGUGGAGGAUCAUGAACAGUAAACCAUUCGGUGCCUACUGUCAGAACCACUAUGAGUGCUCCACAGGACUCUGCAGAGCGGGACACUGUUCCAACAGCCACCGCUCGACAUCAGAACCUGUCAACUCCUAGAGUCGACAUUCAGAGACACAACCAGCGUGUUUACAUGAGCAUACAGCCACUAUCUAUGUUAGGGGUUCUGAUAUCUGGGAUAUGAACUUAUCCAGUCUUUCUUUUCUUUUCUUUUUUUUUUAAACAGGGUUUGUAUUUAUAUGUGCCAAUAUGUUGUUGAUAAUAUCUGAAGUAGCUUUAGAAAAGAAAAGAUGACGUCGGAUGUGUUUCACCAAAGAAAAAUGAGGAGUAUAUCAGAUGAGUUGGUAUUCUAGUGGUGCAUAAAAAGUAAGCUGGGAGUCAUUUGGCCUUUCAUAUGUUACAUUUCAUUAACAGAAAAGGGAAAAAAAAGAAAAGACAGGCUUUACUCUUGAACUUUACUCCGCAGUAGAUGUGUUUUAAUUGGUCACGGCACAAUCAUGGGGCGUCUGAGUCUGGGAGAGUGAAAAAGACAAACAUUUUUUUAGCAAUGACCUGUUUUAUUUGUUCUAUUAUUUUUGCCGGAGAUAACAGCAGAAGAGACAAGAACAGUCAGGGAAAACUGUGUUCCUGACCUUUACCUUUUUCCAUAUUUUGUCAUCACUGCCUCGUGUCACGCCUGAUAUGAUAUCACUGGAAGACUCUUCUUAUCCAGUUGCUGAUAAUGCAAGGACACAUUUCUCAAAUUAUUUCAUGCGAUUUACAAUAAUGACUGGAUUUUUCCCAAUUAGUUAAUAUGCAAGAUGAAGGAAACUCUGACUGGAUGAAAAAAAAUUAAAAAAUUAUCUACGUUAAUGAAGUUGACAGAGAAUAAGUCCAUAAACCAUCCAGUUUUCUUACAUAAAGUAAAUCCUAAAGUGUUUUUUUUUUUUUGUCUUUCACUUCAGGAAUGUAAACUGUACUGCAAACACAGUCACUGCAGACUCAGAACAUCUCACUAACUCAUAAAAAAAACAAAAAAACAUUUUAAUCUUCUUUAAAAAGUAUUUAAAGAUGAUUAAGCAAUUUACAUUAUGUGUUUGAAUGGAAAAACUAGUCUGCAAAAUAGAGAAGUUCAGAUACAUAUGGAAUAAAAAUACAACUAAUGGAAUAAAGCAGAGGUUUUUGAUUUAAUAUUUUGAUUGUAGUUGAGUUUCUAAAUUCACACAAAGGUCACGUUCACCUCUACCAACUAACAACAUUAACGUCACAGUAAACACAGUUGAUAUUAUCUGUUAUGCAUGUUAUUCUGUGUAAUUUUACCCUUCCAUUACUGGAUAUUUUAUUUAUUUUUACUAUAUGUUUAAAAUGUACCCAUUUGCAUCAUUUUCUUUUCUUUUAUUUAGAAGUUUUUUUUCUUUUUACAUUUUGAGGCUUUGUUUUACAAUAAUCAAUCAUCCCAACUGGAUUUCCUUGUCUUUUCCAGUAGGAGCAUUUAGAUUUCUACUCUGAUCAGUAAUGCACAACAGAAAGAUGAAACACCUGAGCUGAGUGUACGAAUAUCAAUAACAAAUCUCAAGUUCUGAGCCUUUUUCUUUUUUUGCACAUCUGCCUGAUAGCGUAUCUGUAAUUUGGGUUCUACUCACCUUUACAUUUCUUUCAUGCACAGAGCAGGUGGUUUCUGAGAUUUUGUACACUUGUUGAAGAAAUAUUGGAGUAGAAUUGCACUUUGAAACCCAAAUGAUCUUUGUACUGUUUUCUGCCCUACUGUAAUGUACUGUAUGCAUGUAGAGGGAUGGAGAUAUAAGUGGAAUAAAAGCGUUGGAGAACAGAAA